AUAACCCGCCUCGAGAUAAUGAUGUAAAAAGACUCAGGCGUCUCGUGCGUAACGAGGAUCAUCGUGGAGAUCCGGUGAAGGUGAAUCAGAGACAGAGAAAGAAAGAAAGAAAGAGAGAGAGGGAGAGAGAGAGAGAGAGAGAGACAGACAGGAGAGAGCAGCACUUAUUACGAGUCUCCUCCUCGUCUCCACACCUCAGCUGACAAGUCGGGCCAAGCUGCAACUUCACCACUGACACACAACUAAACUCGUAAAGGACAAACACAAGAAGAAACUCAUAGAGACGCGUGAAGAGUUCACAGAAGCGAUCGUUGCCUGCAACAACGCGCAAACCACAAGGCUAUGGACAGACGGAUGAACUUGAACGGCGGCGCAGGGGACAUUUUUCACAAAACUCCCAGCGCCGUGUCCACUAAAAAAAUGGACCCUUUCAGAUCGUCGGCCGGCAUUGAACUACCAGCCAGAGAUCGUCAGUCACCGAUCAGCUGCUUUGACCAGAACGAUCCAGACCCGAUUCAGCCGGGAGGACUGGCAGGUGGCAGAGGGGGUGCACUGGGUCUGCCGACCGGAUCUUUGUGCGUCAAUUUUGGCGAGAGCGCCAACAGGACCUCGGUGGCGGAGAGCAGCGGCGGAGAGCAGAGUCCUGACGAUGACAGUGACGGCAGGUGUGACAUGGUCCUUCUGGCCGACGGGCGGACAGUGCCCGCGGGGAAAGGAGAAGGAGGUAAGAAAACCAAAGAGCAGAAAACACUGAGGCUAAACAUCAACGCCAGAGAAAGACGAAGGAUGCACGAUCUGAACGACGCGCUGGAUGAGCUCAGAUCGGUCAUCCCUUACGCGCACAGCCCGUCAGUGCGGAAACUCUCCAAAAUCGCCACUUUGCUGCUCGCGAAAAACUACAUCCUCAUGCAGGCGCAGGCACUGGAGGAGAUGAGGAGGCUAGUGGCGUAUCUCAACCAGGGCCAAGCCAUCUCUGCUGCGUCGAUACCGGCCACCACCGCCCUCGCAGCUCCCGGCUUGAGCGCGUAUGAUCAGCCGCCUGGAUAUCCCCCCUUCCCCACCGGAGUGGCUGCGUCCUCCUGCCCCGAUAAAUGUGCCAUAUUCAACAACGCCACCUCCAGCCUCUGCAAACAGUGCACUGACAAGCCUUAACUGCGGCUGACAAAGACUCACAGAAGAAGCACAUGAGACAACAGACACCACUCUUAAGAACACUUUUGGAGAGGGAAAACCUGUGAGGCUACUGUUGUUUAAGUCAGUAGGCUAGAGACAAAGAAGUAAUGCCGAUGAAUACUUUUAUAAUAUUUACUAAAUGCAUUCAAAACGCGCUUUUUUGUUCAAACAAUACUUGAUUGUGUAUAUAAAUCAUCCUUAAAGUGCUGGUAUGAAUGGCAGUGAAGACCAAACACAAGUACAGUAGGCCUGUAAGAGUGGCUGCAAGUGUUGAGAGUGAGUUUGUUGAUCACUUGCUCUGUUAUGGACCCUUUUGGAGAUGUGGGUGACCUGACAACCUGCGACUUUUCUUUCUCCUUUCACUUGAAUAGAUGGACAAACCAUCCUGGUGCGUUCAUCCGUCCUCACUUUCUGCUGCUUCCUCGUUUAUUAAUUUAUUAUCUUCGCGCUUGUUUUCUUUCUCAGAGACAUUUUUGCUGUUUCUGGCUCGAGGCCUGUUUUCAUGAACUUUUCUAUCGAGCACGUGGAAUGUCAUGAACAAGGAAAAAGUGAAAUGAAAUAGAUGACAAGUGAAGUCGUUUGAUCAGUCAGAUGUUUAUGUGCUAAUCCAGACUCUUGUUAAUAGUUGUGCACUGUGGGGGGCACUGUGAUAUAAUAAAAUUUCAGAAAAAUUUAGAAAACCCGAGUGGAGGUUUAUCAGGUGUUUUCGAUGUGUCUUUUGUAAUUUAUUAAUUUGGAUAAUUUUGCUUGCAUUGCACAUUGUAGUUGCUGUAGCUUUUGCGUUUCUUUUUUUCCCACCCCCUUUUCACACAAAACGAUCGAGGUCUUCAGAUUAAUCGCGUUGUCAGGUCAAGCUGUGGAUUAUUGUAGAUACCUUAGUUAUUAUAUGAGCAAAGAGGGGCCAUUUGUAUGUAUUUCAGUGUUGAAAAGCUUUAUUAAAAUAUUUU